GCUCCUAUUUUUACAUCUUCAACCCUUUCCCCUUCUUCCACCUCCAACAAAAUCUUCUCAAUUGGUGCUUGCGACCACCACCACCCCUCGUCGACAUGGCCGCUCUUACAAUGACCCCGACCGCCGUUCGCCAGCCUUUCGCCAGCCUGGAUGCACCUCGCAUGCGUUCCUUGCUCCGGUCCAAGCUGAAUUUGAAAAACAAACAAGACGGUGCCAUCUUGUCCAAAAAACCCCAGCCAACAAUGGAGGUUGACUCGGAGAAUAUCGACCCAGUCACUCUUAAGCUCUCAACCAAGCGGAAGCGGACUAUGGACGACGACGACUCUGAACCAGCGAUCAAGAUUUCUUCAAAGCCGUCCAAGACCUCUCGCGUGGUUCUGACCACUCUCGAACCAAGCUCUGCUCCUCGUAUGCCUGAAACGCCAACCAAGCCGAUUCUGUCUACUCCCAAGUCGGCUCCCAUCCUCAAGCCUGCUGGACGCUCGCCUCAACCAAAGUCAUGCAAAUCUUCCUCUCGACGUUCCACCAUCGCUAAGAGCCGACUUGAAUCGACCGGUCGGAAAGCCGUUCACCGCCCCUUCUCCCUCGCGGCUGCCUUGUCGGGUCCAAAGCCCAAGCGCCAGUCCAAUCCCAAAGCACCAGCCUCCUGGGCGUUCGAUAUCUAUGUUGAUAACGAACAAGAAGAAAUGACGAACCUGAUGCAACACUCUACUUGCGUCCUGGACAUCAAUGACCAGGAGGGCAAAGUACAGACCUCGGGCCGUGGCAAGGAGAACGUUCCUCCCGUGGAACUGGGACUGGAUCUGCCACGCUCUCGCGAGCAGGAGUCUCCUGCCGCCGCAGCACGCAAAUCGGUCAUGAUGGAGGAGUCCCGAGCGCCUCUCGGGGACCUGAAUGCCGCUGACUUUUACGGCGAUGAUUGCCAUGCUUUCUCGUAUGUCGUCAUUUAUGAUGAUGAGGAGACAGACGGCGCCGACAAGAAGGCGCCACUCCACCGUUUGCCGCGCACUAGCCCUCGGUCCAUCCCCAGCAAGCUUUCGAGCGUUUCUUCCAUAUCCUCCCUCCUUGAGGCCUCUCUUCCAUCCGAGGCCACCACCGACGCCAAGUUGGAGCCAACGGAGGCUGAAAUCGAGAUCUGGGAAAGCGCAAGUGCUGCGGAAGAAGCAGCCGAGGCAGAUGAAGCAGCUGCUUGAGUCAUUCAUUCGCGCUUGAUGCGCCCUUUGCAUCGCCAAAAAGGUGUUCUAUUGGUUGUUAUUUUGUUGUUGUCUUUGUUUUGGCGUCUGGAAAGCUCGAGAGUGCACUGCAUUAUAUG